AUGCAAAGUCGGUUUAGAGUUGUGGUCCGUUCUUAUACCGAUGAUUCAAACUAUCCAUACGAAGUCUUUGGUAAUCUAGCACACGAAACUCGAAACAAUGAAAUUGCAGAUUUAUAUCUCAGUCAUCACAAUCGUAUAGGAGAGGAGAGCAAUGGGCGCAAAGAGACAUUAAAGAACAAGAUGCUAGAAGAUGAGGAAUAUAAAGCCAUAAGAGCGGAGUUGAAUCAAUAUUUCAUGGAUAUCUCACAGGCAUUUAUUGAUGUGGAUAAGAGAUUUGUCAAAGCUGUAAACACACAUAUGGAGAAUAUUGUGGGAAGUAUUUGA